AUGCCUCGUGAACGUCUCACUACGGAACGUGUGUUGGCAGAGUUCGAACGCGUGAUCCAGUCCAAUCGCCAUUUUCAUCUCAACGAAAGUGUGGAUGUCAAUAUUGUUCAUGUGGAAAUGCCUCAUGGAGGCAAGCAUACGAAGCGAGCUGAAAUUAAUUUGGAAAAGCAUUUAAUGAAGAAACGCUCAAUCAUACGGAUCCGGAACAAUGAUCAACUUUGUUUGGCGAGGGCUUUGGUCGUUGCGAAAGCCAAAAUUGAUAACGAUCCACAGUAUACGAGCAUUGUUGAUCAUCGCAGGGCUAUGCAAGUCCGUUUGGCUCGUGAAUUACACCAGAAUGCUGCCGUUCCUUUGGGUCCCUGUGGACUGGAUGAAGUCAAACAGUUUCAGACGUACCUUUCCAGUUACCAGAUCAAUAUUGUGUCCAAAGAUCAUCAGAACGCUCUUAUUUAUACUGGCCCCGAUCAGGAAAAGAGAAUUUAUCUCUAUCUUCACGAUAAUCAUUACGACGUUAUUACCAAAAUGCCAGGGUUUUUUGAGCGAUCGUACUACUGUCAUACAUGUAAGAAAGCUUAUGAUCAUCGAGAAGAUCACCUGUGCCCGAAUGCUUGUCAGUGUUGUCGUUUUCCCGAUUGUCCCAUCGAGUCUUGGGUUCACUGCAGUGAUUGUAACCGGAUGUUCAAAAGUCAAGCGUGUUUCGAUCGGCAUAAACAGUCAAGCGGAAAAUCGAUCUGUGCGACGAUGAUUAAAUGUCCUGACUGUCAUAGACUUAUCAAACGAGGUCCGAGAGAUCCCGAGAAACACCAUUGUGGCAUGACAAAAUGCUUAAUAUGUAAAGAGUACACUCGACCCGGCGACCAUCGGUGUUACAUGCAGCCCGUGGAAAAACGAAACGAAGGUUUAUCGGACAGUGACGAUUCGUCUGAGCACCCUGAGGAUGAUGUUACGGAAGGCGGGUACGACCAGAUGUUAUUCUUUGAUUUCGAGUGUCGUCAGGAAAAUGGAAAUCAUGAACCCAAUUUAUGUGUGAUUCAGAACGAAGCCGGUGACGAAUGGGUAUUUGAAGGGGAUAACACACACGGAACGAGUUUUGUGAAUGGUUAUUUCAAAAGGAACGGGCAAAUUGUGUGGUGAUGGCUCACAAUUUCCAGGGGUACGACAGUUACUUUAUUCUCCAGUACUUACGGGAGAACGGUGUCAAGUACGAUGUCAUCGUGCGCGGGGCCAAAGUCCUUUCCUUAUCCGUGGACAUGUUCAAGAUAAAAUUUAUCGACUCCUUGAACUUUAUUCCGAUGAGAUUAGCAGAUUUUCCAAAAACCUUUGGUAUCGACGAACUCGCAAAAGGGUACUUUCCGCAUCUUUUCAACAAGAAAGAAAAUGAAAAUUAUGUGGGACCGAUCCCACCCACUCCCUACUACAACCCGAACGGAAUGAGUCCAGCGGCCAAAGAAAAGUUUUUAGAUUGGCAUAGAAAUUUGAAGGACAACGAAUACGUGUUCAACUUCAAAGAGGAAAUUCUUGCUUAUUGUCGUUCCGAUGUGGAUAUUCUACGGCGUUGUUGCUUGGAGUUUCGCGAACUGUUUCGUAACGUCACCGACAUCGAUCCCUUUGAGAAAUGCCUUACCAUUGCGUCCGCGUGUAAUCUAGUGUAUCGGACCAAUUACCUUGAAGAGAACACCAUUGCCAUCAUCCCACCACGCGGUUACUGUCCCGAGAACGUCCAGUCCCUUCUUGCCCAAAAAUGGUUGUCGUAUACGGCCGAGCGAAACGAAAUUGACAUACAGCAUAAUCGUAAUGGAGGAGAGAAGCGUGUUGGUCGGUAUUUGCUGGACGGUUAUCACGAGGAAACCCACACGGCCUAUGAAGUUCAUGGAUGUUUCUGGCAUGGUAAGUGUUUGAAUAAACGCCUCCCUCGAAUAGACGCCCCUUAGAAUAGUAUUUUAGAAUAGUAUUUUUGUUUAUUUCUUAAAGGAUGUAUAAACUGUUACACUCGCGACACGAUGAAUCCUGUCAAAGGUAAAACCAUGCAUGAUCUUCGUCAAACGACCGCGGAAAAGACCGAGUAUUUAAAAAAUCAAGGCUACAACGUCGUAGAAGUUUGGGAGUGUGGAAUCAAACGAGAACUGGCAGAUGAUGAGGACAUGAGACAUUACUUUGAUAAUUAUGAUGGAGUCGAUUCUCUGGAGCCUCGUGACGCUCUGUAUGGAGGACGAACCAAUGCGUCGAGACUCUACCAUGAGUGCGAAGACGAUGAGAAAAUAAGGUAAAAUGAUUUUGAGUUUAAUUAUGACGUCAGAGCAACUCGAGUGAUGACGUCAUUUCUCUUACAGGUACGUGGAUUUCACCAGCUUAUACCCGUUUUGUAACGCCCUAACAGAGACAGUUGUUGGCCAUCCGAACAUCAUCACCGAAAACUUUGACGACGACAUCUCCAAUUACUUUGGAUUAAUCAAGUGUACGGUGCUUCCACCACGAGGCCUGUUCCACCCUGUCCUGCCAUACCGCACGCAAGGCAAGUUGAUGUUUCCCCUCUGCAAGACAUGUGCCGACACAUGUAACCAGGCCCCCUGCGAUCAUUCCAACAACAAAAGAGCCAUUCAGGGUACAUGGUGUCACAUCGAAUUGAAGAAAGCACUGGAAAAAGGGUACCAGAUUCUACGACUCCACGAGGUGUGGCACUUUCCCGAGACCUCGAGUGAAUUGUUUAAAGAAUACAUUGACACGUUCUUGAAAAUUAAACAAGAGGCAAGUGGGUACCCGAGCGAAUGUGUUACCGAAGAGCAGAGACAGCAUUACGUGAACGAGUACUUUGAGAAGUCGGGAAUCCGUUUAGAUCCACACAAGAUUGAGCGCAAUCCUGGCUUACGCGCUCUGGCGAAAUUGAUGUUGAAUUCGUUCUGGGGUGAGUACCAUGGUUUCACUGAUAUGUUUUCUCUACGUGAUACUUAAACAGUUUCUCGUAUAGGUAAAUUUGCACAACGACCCAACAUGGUGAAAACCGAGCAGAUAGAAGAUCCACAAGUAUUCUUCGACUACCUUACCUCAGAUGAAAUCAACGUGCUCGAUGCCGGCCUGGUGAGUGACGACAUCAUUGAAAUCCGGUACGAGUAUACGGACAAUUUCGUCAAACCCGAUGCCAAGACCAACGUGGUCAUUGCUGCUUUCACCACCGCCUAUGCCCGUCUCAAGCUUUACGACGUGCUGGACAUGUUGCAAGAGAGAGUGAUGUAUUACGAUACCGACUCAGUGAUUUUUGUCAGCAAACUCAAUGAACCCGAACCUUCCUUGGGCAACCAUCUCGGCGAAUUAACCGACGAGCUAGGAGGUGAACACAUCACCGUGUUCGCGUCAGGUGGUCCAAAAAAUUAUUGUUAUCGGACAAACACCGGUAAAGUCGAGACCAAAGUGCGUGGAAUCACUCUAGACUGCACGGCGAGGCAAAAGGUGAACUUUAAUGUGAUUCGUGGAUUGGUGUAUUUACAUGCAAAAUGUCGAGUGACGGGGCAAGUGUCUGUGGACAUUCCGUUUAGAAUCACAAGAAAUAUCCGAACCAUGGAAAUUGAAACGAGGCGCAUGAAAAAGGACUAUAGAAUAGUUUAUAAUAAACGUGUAAUUAUGGAUGAUUACAGAACAUUACCUUAUGGGUACUAAGACAUAACAGUUGUUCAUUACAGUUGAAAUAAAUAUUUUUACAAAGACGGUUUGAUCUCUGUGUUAAUUUUUAAUGUUCAGUUUGUGGUAAUGAUCCAGAUUCACCCCCGUUUCCUUCUCCAGUGCAUCGAUCUGCUUUUCGUUUUUUCUAGCCAUGUCCCACAUGAUCAUUUCUCUAGCGUUCAUCUGGUAGGUAAAGGUGUUCCCCUGGGGGGCCCGAGGUACCGUUAUACCCGUUAGUGUUUCCAGUAUGAUUUGUGUCAACAUAAUGGAGUGCAACGUCGCAUUGUCAAUAAGCGUUGCUGGUAUUAUAUUCUUCUCUAUCAAAAGUUUCAUCAAAUCCAGAGUUGCCAAAUUUCCCUCUUGUGAAAUAAUUUUGUCCGAGAGCCAGUGAGUGACAAUGUUCCUCCAAGCCAUGUUUGCUUCAAAUGAUUAGGGAACUAAAGAGUCAGUAUCCUUUAUAGGUUUUGAUUAUGGAAUAAUAUGUAAUGCAUUGAUGGACUGUCCCAUUGUGACACGGUCCUCGGAAAUGUAUCCGUGUUCGACGCAUGCAUACCACACUUUCUCGAUAAAGUCUUGGUCUGUUAUAAUUGCCUUGUCGUCUUCAUAAUACGGUACUCCGUGUCUUAUUAACUCCUCUUCGGAAAAUUCCUCUAGAAUCUUAUCGUACAGAUUAGUAGCACACACGUUACGACGAAAUACAAGUUCCUCAUUAAUGAAAAAUAGUAUAGCGAUGGUCAUCCUGACGCUGUCCAACAUUGAAUGAAAUCUGUAGAGGCAUCAUGCCUUUUAUAGGUUACAAUAACUGAAAGAUCACGUGUUUCAAUGCUCGCCUGUGUUUCACGCAAAAGAUAGUUUUCCAAUCGUCCGCCGUAUACUCAAUCAAUUCGAAAUCAUGUACUUUCAUAUCGCUCAAACUUUCAGUAAAAGCCUCCAUCACUUUUGUUUCCGAAGCCUUUUCCAGAGCAUGGUCAAAGUAUAGACAUAACCGUUCGUCUCUUUCCAUCGUAAGACACUGAUGAUGCGUCUGAGACAGAUGCUCUGUCAUGCAACCGUUACAAUUUUCAACAACGAGCUGAGAGAUGAUAGGAGCGAUUUCUUCAGCUGAAACUUUUAAAAGUUUUUUGAUGAUACGUUUCUGACGAUGAUAGAGAACAAGUUCCUUAUUGUCGAUAUCGAUAGGUUUAGACAUGUUUACUCUUUAAUGUAAAGUAAUGACUGUUUCUUCCCAAAGGAAAAAACGUUUUAUAUGUGCGUGUACCUUUAAAAACCUUCUCAUAUUAGAGUGUGCGUCAUGGGACACUCUGCUAGUAAAAAUCCAAAGGUCAAUAAAAAUCAUAAUAAACAGAAAAUGUUUAGAAUCGGUAUAAGCGCAGGGAGAAAUGAUCUUAAUCUCGAGGGGCAUGUACAAGUGGGAUACUGUAGUAAAACCGUCAAAAAUUACAAUCCCAUUGAAAAGACCCAGGAGAAUAGUAUUGAAAACGUUGAAGAAUGAAAGGAUUUUGUCAUUUCACGUGUGAACAUGGACGACUACUUAUCUAGCGUGUAUUACGAUCCAAAACGACCUGGAGGAUUUGGCGGUGCGAAACGUUUGUAUGAAGACGUUAAGAAGGAAGGAAGAUUUGCGCUAAGUCGUAAAGAAAUUAGGGAAUGGCUGAUGAAACAAGAUGCAUACACACUGCACAGACCCAUGCGCCGCCACUUUAAACGAAACCGUGUCAUUGUAGGGGGUAUCGAUCAACAAUGGCAAAUGGAUCUGGCGGAUAUGCAAUCCAUGCAGAAGUUUAAUGAUGGAUAUCGUUAUCUACUCGUGUGCAUCGAUGUCUUUUCCAAAUAUGCAUGGGUAGUCCCGUUGAAAAACAAGACAGGUCCCACGCUGGUCGAAGCUUUCAAAGUAAUUUUAGCGUCUGGACGUAAACCCGAGAAGAUCAUGACGGAUCAGGGCACGGAGUUUUUGAAUAGACAUUUUCGGGCUUUAAUGAAAGAAGAAGACAUCGAACUGUACAAUACGUACAAUGAAACCAAAGCUUCUAUCGUGGAACGCCUGAUUCGUACGUUAAAAACGAAAAUGUGGCGCUACUUUACAGCGAAGAAAACGAUGAGAUACAUUGACAUGUUACCCAAUCUGGUCUAUUCUUACAAUCACAGUGUUCACCGUAGCAUCAGGACAAGACCCGUGGACGUUACUGCUGGGAACGAGAAGGAAGUGUGGCACACCCUGUAUGAUGAGCAUAGCGUAGCGAAAAAUGUAAAGUACAAGUUUAGGAUUGGCGAUCAAGUGAGAAUUAGCAAGAUGAAACGAACAUUUGAAAAGGGAUACUUGCCGAAUUUCUCCAAAGAGAUCUUUACAAUAAGCAAACAAAUACCUCGAGAUCCUCCUGUGUACAAACUAAAGGAUCUGGACGGUGAAGAACUCAAAGGAACAUUUUACGAGAAAGAGUUGCAAAAGAUCAUUAAGGAAGAUGACGUCUACGAAAUUGAAAAGAUCCUGAAAAAACGUGGACGUGGCAGUAAUGUACAUUAUCUUGUAAAAUGGUUAGGGUACCCCGGUAAAUUUAACUCGUGGGUACCCGCUUCUGAAAUAAAUAAGAUUUAAACCGUUGAACGUGCUGUUUGUUUGUUAUUCUCAUCGGGGAUUCAUAAUGAGCGGAACACACUUUUACCUCACGCUUCCGAGCAAUGCGUCCCUGGACGUUUUUCCCGAUAACAAAACAACCGAAUAUCGUGUAAAAUUACCGCAACCCAUUGAUUUGGAUGGCAAUUGGGAAGUCGGACUGUACUCUAUUUCCUAUCCCUACACGUGGUAUACCCUGCGGGAUAUUAAUGUGGAUACUCACUUCCUUUAUUUGAGUUCUACCGAUAAAUGGAUAUCAUCUGCGGUCAUAAAGUACGGACACUAUGGGACUAUGGAAGAGUUCACUAAAGGUAUGAACGAUGCUCUGGAACAAGAGAUCGGUAAUAAUACUGACAUAUAUCUAACGUACAGUGCCUUAACGGGAAAAGUGACCGUUCACUUGAAACCCAAAUGCAAACUUUUUCUUUUUUCCGGCAAAUUGUCCCUUAUCCUGGGAUUCGGUGGAAAAGAGGUGAAAAUUGACAAAACGGGUGAAAGUCCUCACGUAGUAGAUUUAAAUAUCUUUUCGACGAUCUACACAUACUGCAAUAUCGUUCAACCACAGAUCGUCGGAGAUACGAGUGCGCAGUUACUUCGAAACGUUCCCGUCGAAGGAAAGUAUGGUGAUAUCGUUACGAAAACGUUUACCAACAUACAAUACGUGCCUGUCCAAACGAAAUCCUUCGGAGACGUGAAAAUUCUUUUAAGGAACGACACAGGUGAUCACGUGCCAUUCGAACGUGGGAAAGUCAUAGAGACACUACAUUUCAGACAGCAUACUUAUUUUACCUGAGAGAAUGAAUAAUCCGUACGUACGUUAUUACCUGGAUCAACAACAAGGGCGUGGCAUGCCAGUGUUCAAAGGCAGCCCCUGGCAGGUGGGGUACGGGCUGGGAGGACUGUUCCGUACUCUUGCAAGAAAAGCAAUGCCUUUGAUCAAAAGUGGAGCGAAAGCUCUUGGAAACAUUGCCCUGAAAAGUGGGACAGACUUUGUGGGCGAUGUCCUGGCAGGUAGAAACGUGAAAUCAGCAGCAAAAGCACGAUCCAUACAGGCCGCCAACAUUGCAAAAAGAAAAGCUAUCGAUACACUAAGGAGUCAAACGGGGAGCGGAAAACGGAAGCGCUUAAGAAGUGUAAAGCGUUCAAGAAGUGCAAAGUGAACAGCUAAAAAGAGAAAGACAUCUACAGUCAGCCGCAGUCAGAGCAAGAAACGGAAAACAGUUAAAAAGAGAAAGGCAUCGGCAUCUGCAGCCAGACGCAGACAGACCAAGAGACGGAAAACAGCUGCGGACAUAUUUGGUUAAAAUCAUGAAUCUCGUACAUUCCAAAUCGCAAGAAUGCACAAAAAGCGAACUCGAUCUAUUCUCUGUGCCCCCAACACAAAUCAGUUUAGAAAAAGGACACUGGGUAGAUCAUCAACCCGUUUCCAGUGUAGCCGAUGGUGGUGUCAUUACGUUCCUGUCUCCGGGCACUGAAGAUUAUGUGGACCUUGCUAGAACGAUUCUUGUGGUGAGAGCAAAAGUGACAAAACCAGAUGGCACGAAUCUCGGAGCAGCCGAAAAGGUAUGGUGUUUUUCAUAUUGAAUACACCGUUUUCAAAUAUUAAUUUCCUUCUAAUCCGUUUAAGGUUGGAGUGGUGAACAAUUUCCUCCACAGCCUGUUCAAACAGGUGGAUGUCUUUUUGAAAGGGAAACAGGUCACUCAGGCUACCGGAACCUAUGCGUACCGUGCUUACUUGGAAACCCUUCUGAACUACGGUCCCUCUGCAAAAGAUUCACAGCUCACAGCUGCGUUGUAUUACAAAGACACUGCAGGAAAAAUGGAUGUCGCGGAUCCUACGGUGGCAGGUGGUAAUGGCAACGCUGGUCUCAGAGCAAGAUACGUUUUCAGCAAAGCAAGUGGAACUGUUGAAAUGACUGGCCCCAUAUUCAGCAACAUAUUCAUGUCCGAACGUCUCCUGUUGAGCUACGUGGAUCUAAAAGUUAUUUUAAAUCGAAGCAGCGACGAGUUCUGUUUGAUGGCCUCCGAAGACGAUGCCGAUUUCCGCGUGAAACUUACUGAUGCUUAUCUCAAGAUACGUAAAGUGAAAAUCAAUCCUAGCAUUUCCGUGGCUCACGAAAUAGCUCUGAAAAAGGGACCUGCUAUCUAUCCUAUCCGUCGCGUCGAAUGCAAGAGCUUCAUCGUUCCCGCUGGAAAUCCCUCCCUAAGGAAGGAUAACCUUUUCAAUGGACUGGUGCCAAAAACAGUUGUCUUUGGUAUGGUCGAAAGCGACGCGUUCAAUGGUGCAUUAAAAAAGAAUCCGUACAACUUCCAACAUUUCAGCGUGUCCUCCAUUGGAAUAACCGUCAACGGAGAAGAAAUGCCAUUUAAACCCUUGCAGCUUUCCUAUGGCACAGCACCUAAAUACAUCGAAGCAUUUACCACACUGUUCUCUGGUACGGGAAAAAUGUAUCACAACACAGGAAACGAUAUAUCCCGAGAAGAAUUUCCAAAGGGUUACGCCGUGUACGCCUUUGAUUUAACACCGGACAUGUGUGGAGCCUCUCCUCAUUUUAACGCUGUGCAGAAAGGGACUUUGGCCAUUGAUAUCCAGUUUUCCGCAGCGCCUGCAAAUGCUGUGAGUCUUGUAUGCUACUACGGAGAGUUUGAGAAUACCGUGCACAUUGAUUCCGAAAGAAACGUUGUCUACGAUUAUUCUGGAUGAAUACUGCCCAGAUAACCCAUGCCUUGGAACAAGAUCCCGUAACAAGCAAGAAGUUUUGCGGUGUGUUCCCUAGCGACAAGCUGCCUCAGACGAUCGAGAGAUAUCCGUGUGGAUUCGUUGCGAACACUGAUACGAGCAGUGGACCUGGAACCCACUGGGUCGCCUUUUACUUUCCAUUGGAAGAGAAAGGAGAAUUCUUUGACAGUUACGGGCAUGCACCCGAGUACUACAGGAAAUCGUUUGGAGACUUUUUAAAGUCUUGCGUAUGGGAUUUUAAUAGACGUAAAUUGCAAAGUGCUUGGUCGGAUGUAUGUGGCCAGUAUUGCAUAUUUUACCUUAACCAUAGAGCAAGAGGUCAGAGCAUGAGUAAUAUCGUACAUUUAUUUAACAAUGAUACGACUUUAAAUGAUACAAAAGUAUCCCAGUUUGUUAAGAGCCAUUUUAAGGUAUUGUUAAAACAUUCCAAUGUUAACCUUAAUCAGUUCAGUAGAAAGAUGUUUUCAAUAAAAUUGUUGUAAAAGCUGUAGUGUGUUCUUUUUAUUCUGCGCAUGCGUACAAACUUGUGUCCCACAUGCGAACCGUGCAUAAAAAUACUGCCCCAAAGAAUUGACGUCAAUACAAAAUUGAUUUUUAAAACAUUUUUAUUAGUACAUGCAAACAGUUACAACAUUUUUUAAUAAGGAAGCCAUUGUUUUGGUUUCGCCGCCUGUCUUCUGAGUAAACCACGGAUAUAUUUCGCGGGACUUGCACGUGGUGAUGUUGGUGGCGGUGGUCUCGGUGGCGGUGUCUUAAAAACAGCCUCUUCCGCGCCAGGCGGACUGCCCAUUUGAACCUGAUCCCAUCUUUCUGUGUUUCUUGCAAUAUCUUUGGGUACAUUAAUCUUUGACAGCCCGCGAAAGAAUUCCUGCGCUCCCUUGGGAUUAAAAUUCUUACGUGCCCGCAUGGCAUCACUCACCAGAUCCGAUAUAUUCGAAUCAGGAAUCUCCUUACCGUCCACUUUAACUUGCCCAGAGUCGUCCCAGGAAAACACGUCGGGUCUUGCUUUCAAACGCCUCAAAAGAGUUGCGGCUUUCGGGCGUAGGGUUACAGGUAAAUGUCCGAUCACGUCCACGUCAGAUAAAGGCGCUUUCCCUCUGGACUUCUGUUCCGUAUCCGGUGCUAUGCGGACUGUAGGUACUUGAUCGUCCUUCUGUCGCUUCAAACUCAGAUAACUUUCCAUGUUCGCAUUGUACAAUUUCUGUUUUUCGACAUCGGACAUGCCUGUACUCUGAAGAAUCUCUGACAUCACCGUAUCCUGAUGCAUCAUCUUGGCUGUAAUUGGGGAGGUCUCAAUCUUUUGUUUCUGUUCAUAACGAUUAAGCACGUCCUCCGGGACCAAUACCAUGCGUUUCGCAUGCUUCAUACUAACAAACUUCCAAGUACAUUCAACACUGGUGGUAAGACAGCUGACAAUAAAUUUCCACCUUUCUGAUUAAGGUACAACUUCUUCCGUUUUCUUGACACUUUCUUAUUGGCUAAAUCACGGAGAUGUGUCUUGUAACGUGCAAAACGUCGCUUUUGCCGAGGUGUUACCGGAAUGACACCUUUAAGUAAAUUCAAGGAACACUCACAAAUAGCUGUGAUGACAUUCGCUGGAACGUUAUCGAUGAGUAAUUUUCGCAAUUUAGGUUUAGAUUUGACAAUGACUUGAAGAUAAGGAAGACUUCCUUUCAUACGUUUUGACAUCUUGCAAAUGAACCGUUUUCAAUACACGUUCAGCUUUUAAGCACGUUUCACAUAAACAAUCUGUCUCUCUUUGGGAAAAAUGCUGGUUCUCAGACGCAUGUUCUCUGGUGUCAGCUGAUGACAAUCGAUGACUAAAUAUCCGUAAGGCCUGCCCGUCGCAUUGUGAAAUGCCUCCAGAAGGUAUCCGGUAUGUUUAGGAAACAUCUGCCUGGCAAGCGUGGAAACACCUAGCGAGUCACGUGGGUUUCUAAACACGAUGAGAACGUGACUAUUCAAACUAAUCGUUCGAGAACGUUCGCCUGGCGGGAACAAAUUCUGAGUAAGGUACAGCACGGACAUGCCAAGGUGAUGGGAAUCACGUGUAAACAAAUCCGAGACACGUGGAUCGUUGGAACAUUGUGACAUCAAGUCAUCGAGCACGACUAACGAGUUAUCAUGUCCGCGGGUCAUCUCGCACAAAUUAUCGGGAAAUCCUUCCACGAGAGUUAAAUUGGGAACUGUCUGCAACAUUUCUUCGAAUUCCUUCUGAUAUAUGCCGUAACAGUAUAUUAUUUUAGUCGGCACAGGAUUAAAUAGUUCCUCUGCAUGCCGUAACAUGGAACGGACCAAAUAGGAUUUCCCGCUUUGACUUUGCCCACAAAUAUAAAAAUUUGCUGGUGUUUUAAAUCUCACGUCCAUUGUGUUCACGUGCAUAACACGCACUGCGUUAUGAUUUGACGUGUCCGUUCAAGCAAAUUACUAGUAGUAUGAGAUAAUGUUCUCAUGUCAAUAUCAACGCCUCGCGCUUGCAAUUCGUCUAGUAUCACUUCCAUCGCAACAAAACAACAAAUGAAUACAACAUGUGAAACCAUUUAUUUAUAUACAACAAAUUCAUUUAUAUACAGCAUAUUAAAUCCUAUCUAAAGUUCUACCUUAAGCUACAAUUAGCUCGACGCACUAAUUCUAGCUACAUUUCAUAGUAUAGUAUUAAAAAGUCACAUGUGAAUAAACGUUUUCGCGGGAAAAUACAGAACAAGGUCGUAUAUUGUUAAAAUGUUGUCCAAAAUGUUCGUCCUUGUGCUCGUAAAGUUAUCACUGGCGUAUCUUUGUAUUGAGUUCAAAAGUUACCAUUAUUUGGACUGCUCGAGACUUGGCAUCUCAACCUUUCCCCGGUAUGGAAAACACUACUGGGUUGAAGUCCUCGAUUUAAAGAGAAACAAUAUAUCCUUUUUGAACCUCUCAGCCGUUACAACCGACUUUCCGAAUAUUAGCCAUGUGGAUUUACGACACAACCCCCUAGAUUGUACCAGGCUGCCAGUACGCGUAAGGGUACACAUUAUAAGUGACUGCCCCCGUACCACAAACAUGUCCAUAGCGUCGGCCAUUAUGUCGCAAUCAUCCAAUAUCAUGCUACGUAUGACAGCACCUCGAGCCUCCUUGAUAAAAACCGUUUAUAAUACCCCUUCCACCGCAAGCGUCCCGACCCCUUCUCCAGUCAACACCGGCAAAGAUCAUAUCCUCCUGGUGCUAUCAGUUCUAAUACCAACCGGCAUUACAAUACUCGGCAUCGCGUGUUUUUACAUCGUUCGAAGGAGAAGGCGCCGUUCAUUUUAUAGAGAAUUCCUUGCACUAAACAAUACUCGUCGCCAAUUCUCAAUUGAUUCCCAUUCUUCAGAUUCAUCCUACGAGGAAAUAAACCAUGUACAGGAGAGUUCAUUUUAAUAUCCUUCUAAAAACAACACUAUUUUACUAUUAUCAAUACCAAUGUUCUGUUAUAAAAAACAAUCUAAUUUAGGGUGUGCCCCGCAGGGCCUGCAAUACCUUCCUGUUGUGUUAACUUAUAAUGACAUUUCUGAAAUGACGAAUGUACAAAAAUAGCUUGUGUACAAAAUGUGCUAUUGUAAAGGCCGAUUUCCGCUGUCGCAUUUUUUGUACGCACGUACACGCACGUAAAACUUCGAAUCCUCCUAUUUCUAACUAAUUUACAAAUGCGUCCUAAAACUUGCGGAACACUGAGUUCUGUUGCCCCACUUACCUGGUUAAUUUAUAAGUAACAUCCAGACGAACCUAAAGUUUUACGUGCGUAUACGUAUGAAAAACGCAACAGUGGAAAUCAGCCUUAAAGGAGACGCGGAAACGGUAUCUAUGUUUAAAUGACCUCUGCUCUAAGCGGUUAUGUUCCGAUAAACACUCGUGUGUUUGACAGGAAAACCCGAUAGCUUAUACUAUAUUAUUCGACAUAAUGUCUAUACAAGAGUAAACAUACGCCUACACGCUCCUGAAACAGAUUGUAAUAUUAAUGCGAAAUACUAUCAAUUCUUUACUGUUCAUUUUAGCGUGCCUAUGCAUUCAAAAUAAGACCCAUUCGGGACACGCUAAAAUGUACAGUACUGUUUAAACCAUAUACGCAGCAGACGUUAAGAACUUCAGUGUAUAUUAGUAUUCCAAAAUUGUACAUAUAGUUUCUUUACAUGCAUAUAAGACCUAUAAUCAUAAAGGCAAUGUUAUAAUUACAAUGUAGUGUGAGACAUUGCUAAUGUGCUUUCGCCACUUCCCGACCGCCCAAGUGACAUCAGUUCGGUCUCAGAGGGCCUUUGUAGAACAGCUGCGCUUCUCUGCCGCCGUCCCGCCACACAGAGCCUAUAGCCGUAAAACAGACCCAGAAACAACACUAGUCCUGCGGUCAGCCCGAUAAUAAUGAAGUACAGAUUAGGGGUCGAAGCCGAGAUCCUGGUCGGAACCCUUGUGGAGACUAUGGUAGAGGUCAGGGUUCCGGUGAGGGUUUGGGUUAGGAUCCAGGACCGAAAUGAGAUCCGGGGUGCAGUCGGGAUUAAGGUGCGGUCGGGAUUAAGGUGGGGGUCGAGACUAAGGCAAGGGGUCGAAUCAAGGUCCGGGACGCGGCAGGGGUCAGGAUCUGGACCUUGAUUCGGCCCCCGACCGUAGUUGCAACCCCCACCUUGAUCCCGAGCACUCCCCGGACCUCAGUUCAGUCCCAGUUCCUGACCCCACCCCCCACCGGAACCCUAACCUCGGUCGCGUCUCGAACCUUGAUCCGGCCCCCGACCGUAGUCUCAACCCCCACCUUAGUCCCGACCACUCCCCGGACCCCGGUUCAAUCCCGGAUCUUAACCUCACCUCCUACCGGAACCCAAAUCCCGGCAACGUCCCGGAUCCUGAUCCGACCCCAAACCGUAGUCUCAACCCCCACCUUAAUCCCGACCACUCUCCGGACCUCAGUUCAGUUCCAGGACGCUGAGGUUAGGGUUCCGAUGGGGUCCGGGGUCCGGGGUCCGGACCAAGGUCCGCGGAGCGGUAGGGAUUAAGGCCGAGGGCAGGAGGAAGGUUCGGGGUGCCACUGAGGCUCCGGUGGGUGUUGGAAUUAAAAGCCGAGUCAAGGACCCUGCGGGGGUUAUGGUCCAGAUUAAAACUAGAGGUGUGGUGGGGUCCAUGGUCUGGGGUGCGGAACUGUCUGUAGACCCGAACGUAACACCCGAUACCGUAUCCAGCAUACCUAAUUGAAGAGAAAGUCAAACUAUAUAACUAUAAGUUGCAACGAAUGCUAACAUAAAUGAAAUAAACUUACAGUCACUCGUGACAUCUAUCCCAAUAUCCAAAACGGUUCUACAGUCAAGUGCAGCGUUGUGUCGCACGUUAAUAUGUUGUAAGUUCGGGAAAUAUAACAACAGUUCGGUUAUAUUUAAACGAACAAGACGGUUACGUCUAAAGUCAAUCGAUACAACCCAUUCUCGUUCUGUCUUCCACAGCCCCUUGAUGGUUUCCAGCGCCAAACCACUACAGUCCAAAUAACCAGCAAGACGCUGUUCCUGACAAAAUGGGGUGCUUCCAUACACAAAAAAUAAAACGCAAAACACAACAGAAAGCAUUUCGUAGAUCUGUUUAAAUUCCGAGUGAAAUAUCUCCUUUCAUGUAUAUGAAUAAAUACUAGUCGCAAAUGAACCGGUAAUUACACAAGCACUCUGAAAGCUAUGCAUAAAGUGUGAGAAGACAGCGGUCAUAGCUCAGCUUAUCUUGAAUUUGAACUAUAAUAAUCUUUCCCUUUCAAACAUGCGUAAUAUUUAUUAUUUAAAAUCACAAUACUAUGUAUUGUUAAUUUCCUGUAGCCACAGGAAUAAUCUGAAAAAUAUGUAUAAAGCGCGGGAAGACAGAGGCCAAAAUUAAUCAUAUUAAACGUGGUAAACACAAAUAAAUAUUGCACAAUGUUCAUUGGUAACUAAUACUAAUAAUUGCGUAACGCUCAUUUUCCAAAAGUGGAAGCAGCAAACAAACAAGUGGAAACACGGGACGGCGGGAAUCCCACAAACAACAACAGGUCGGAAAAAAAACAAAAACAAAAAUCAAAAAGCCAUGGGAAAAGACAAGAAAAAAGAGGCAGAACGACAGAGAAAAUUACGACUUAAUAAAAAAACAAAAACAAAAAGGCUGGAGGCUUUCUGGGCGUACGCCGAACAAAAAAAUCAGUCCUUUCUCGACGAAUUUCUUGCCUUCUAUGAAGGCAAGCAGGACAAUAAGCAGGACCAGAACCAGGAGACACAGCAAGAAACCCGAGAAACCCCACAGCAACCGUUGGGACAGUCGUCGGUAAAUAAUGCUGACCUGGAUUUCCUAGAUGAUCCAGGCAGCCUGGACUUUAUCGAUAAUAUACAUCUAGACUUUUUUAAUGACUUUUAGACAAUUUAAAAUAAACAUUUUUAUUAACCCUAUUCUUUAUAACAGUUCUUGAAAAAUAACACAUAUUAAAUGUUCAAACUAUUAGCAAAAUCGUUUAUGAAUUUGUUUGCCAGGUAAUGUUCCUCAUGCUUUUCGGGUGGUUUACUUGAAAGGGGUUCCACAAAACUGACAUCUUGAUAAGGUUCCUCAGGCACCCAAUCAAAGUACUUGCAUGAAGAUUCCUUGUCAUUUGAACAGCAGAAAAACUCUCGAUCUUUAUUGAGACCUUCCUUUUUCACCUUACGGACCAUACACGGUAAUCCAUGGUGACACUCUGGUUUGACUAAAGGUCGUACAUCACCCCAUACCCAGAAUGAACACGGCUUCAGCUUGUUGGAACACACAAAAAACGGUCUCCCAUAACUUGCUUUCAUCAAAUUUCUAACAACCCGCAUUUUCGCAAGUUUACUAUGUUCACCACACCGAGGGUGAGGCUGUUUCGUAGCUCUCCAUGCAGUUAUAGCCUUUUCAUACAAAUAGCCCUCAUCCUCGCAGCAAAAGAAAUUGCAGCUAGGAUUCUGAUUGCAAAACCAGAAGGAACCAUUUUGAGUUGUCGAAUGAGCAGCGGGUUCACCGUGUAAGCACCUCAUCUCUUCACAAAAACUAUAAACAUAAAAACAAAAAUCGCUCGUCUCCUCUAUUUAUAUUCCCCAUCCAACACAGCUAACCAAUCAGAGACGAGUAUGAUCAUGACGUAGUUUAAGGGUGUACGUACACCGUGUACGUACACCAUGUACAUACAUAGUAUAUGUACGGGGUGUACGUACACCCCGUACACGUACGUACACCUCUAGUAUAAAUACACUUCCCCAUAAUCAUCAACCACACACCGAAAUGGAAUACGUAGGAGUUCUACCAGCGCCGGAAGAUGUCAUACCACCAGCAAACAUACCUCUCUUUGGAAUCCUGGCGGAAAAUACAGCAGAACCGGGACAGUGCUAUUUCUGUUUCGAAGAAAUUAAUGGAAACGAGCUACUGGCGAUGACAAUGCAUUGCUGCCAACAAAAAGCCCACUGUCGGUGUCUCCAGAUGUGGGCGACACAUUACAUUGGAACAGAUAUCGAAACCGUACGGUGCGGGUACUGCAGAGCACCAUUCCCGGACAAGGAACUCUGUUAUUUGUGUCUACAAAACAAAAUCACCGGACAAGAAUUGAAGAAAACCCGAUGCUGUCAAACAACAAUCCACAAGAAGUGUACGGAAAUCCUAAACGAAAUACUGGCAAACCUGACAUUCGAUUUCUCACUAGAAUGUGGCGAAUUAACCUUCUGCGGAUGCGUCUGGCACAAUCUCUAAAAACAUUAUAAUUAUCAAAAUCUCUGUAAACUACUGUAAAACUUAAUAAAUUUUUCAAAUAUUCACCGCUGUACACCAUUCUGAACAUUUCCUUGCUUCCGGGUUUCCAUGACGUCAUUGCUCCUGCAUACCCAUUACUUCCGGCAUACUCAUUACUUCCGGCAUACUCAUUACUUCCGGUGCUCUACUCGUUCCUGCAUACUAAUUACUUCCGCCGCUAUACUGCACUUCCGCCGCUAUACAGACAGUCUAAUACUACUUACGACUUCUAUAUUAUAAAAUUCCUGAUGGUCCCUAAUGCAAGCAUUCCUAUUGGAAUUUUAUCCCAAAGACCCAAACAGCAAUAGUUCGCGCUUUAACUGGAAUAUUUCGUUGAUAUUUUUAACCCAAGCGGUGGGAAAGGAAUCGGAAAGUUCUUAACAUGUUAUUCAGAUAUCACAGGUAAGAAUACUUUUAUAUUUGACUUAUUAUUUAAGCCCUUUAAUUGCAAAAUAAUGUGGUGAAUAUGAUUGUUUAAAUAACUUGAGCCAUGUGGGCCAUGUGUAAAACUCCGUUGAAUGUUUGAAUUUGCCGCGUUCAAUUUGCAUAUAAAACAUACAAAAUGUUGGUUUCUGGCAGCAAAGAAAGAAUGAAAUAUAAAUUCGAACCUAUUAUUGUGAAUUCUAUACUAAAUUUCACACUAUUAUUAACAAUUUAGCAAUAUUUUCUUUGGCAUAACUUGGCACUUUGCUUAAGAGUAUGAGUUAAGACUAUUGUCAAGCUGGGUAAAUAAUUAUAAGAAAUAAUAUUUAUUAAACAUCCGAAUGCUUUUAAAGAUAUGUUUGCAUUUUAGUACUUCAAUAAGGAUUGGAAUCAGAAAGGAACGACAGCAUUUAAUAUGCUAUUUUUAGUGUGUCGAUAUAAAUCUAUCCUUAAUGUGUCAAGCUCAAGUCCUCUACUGUAUUGCAUAAUACUCUGUCCAUAAAAAUUGUCAGAAGAUUUUACUUGUCAAGGGGAGAAUCUUUUAAUAGUGGGUUUAUAAAGAGCUUCACUUGUAUAAAGUGAUGUCUGCAAUGAUAGUGCUGAGACAGUGCCUCGAAUGUUGUCUUUGUAUAUUUCAAGAUUAAUAUUUGAGCUGGGCAGUGCUUGUAUGUUGAUAAGAAGCUCCGGGUAUCUGAAAACUAAUGAAUUUAACAUAUUCACCUUUAUUGGGCUUGUUUUAGUAUAUAAAAGUGUUUAAAAAAAGGGGGGUCCAUAUCCGCUAAAGGGGGUCCAUAUCUACUAGGAGAUUUGGACUGGGGGGUCCAUAUCUACUAGGAGAUUUGGACCGGGGGAUCCAAAUCCGCUGUGACACCGGCUCCAAAUAUUGUUCUCAAAAAUCAGGAAAUAUAAUCAGAUUCACUAACAAUAGUCCAUAGUUUAUUUAAUACGUGCUUUAUCACUUUAUAUAUUAAGCAUAAAUAUCUGAUAGUUAUAUAGUGUGUAUCAAAAUAAUUCGAAUCCAAAUUUGACAGACUGCUGUUUAUAAAAUACUACAGUAAACCAUAUAAUUUUUAUAUGGCAAUAAAGAAUAGCCUAUUAGGUUUCCGAUUAUAUCGUUCUUAUAUCAAUAAGAUCAAAAAUGACCAAGAAAUCGUGUGUUAAAACUGGUUGCUCCAAAUCAAAUUUUUCCGCCGAUGGGAAUUCGAAGUGAGACGUACAAACAAAAGAUAAUGCAAAUUUAAUUAAUCAACAAACUGUUAUGUAGCAAAAUUUACAUAAAUUCAUGUUCAUUUAAAGAGAUUUAAGCUCCUAUGCCUUCAACAUGUUGAAAUUCGCGUUAAAUUUGCAUUUUAGUUUUCAGUGAUGAUUAGCAUUUCAAAGCCUUGUGGGACUAACUUUGAAAGAAAAAAUGUCCAAUUCCCAUCGGCGGAAAAUUGUGAUUUUUAUGGACUUUUUUUGUCAAAGCAAUACUCCUUCAUUUUCCAACUAAAUGACGCGUACAUCAUGUCAUUUGAAAGGUAAAUAAAUAAACUUAACAAUGGUGUAAAAACCAACCGAAUUUGUCAAAUAUAUUCUGCGUUAUUACACGCCAAAUUUGGAUUCGAAUUAUUUUGAUACACACUGUAUAGAUAAAUUGAUAGUUUUGGAUGGCCUAUAUUUUGCCGGAUGCCAGUAACCCAAUCCAGCAUAUCCCUACUCUCUGCCCACGGCCAUGUCUCUGCUUAACAUAGGCCUACUAUACAUAUUACAACUUUAAGGAUAUUAUUUGCACUUCACUUGGUUGGACUAGAAUACUCGGUUUGGUCGAUAAUCCAAUAUAUAUGCAGAGGUGUAACUUAAUAACACUUGCCCGCUUGCCUGGGGCAAGUGAAUCAUGACGGGCAAGUACACGUUUUAUCUUGCUUGUCCGAUUGGGCAAGUUGCCUUGCCACAAAAAGCUGGGCAUCUUUAAGUUUAUGUUUUCAUUGUCGGAUAACUUGAUUCAAAGUUUGUUUUUUUGUGGCCUAAAAUAAAGCAGUGGGAGAACGGGUCGACAUAUUGCCCCCUUAAUUCAUACCCCCUACCUAGGUAUCCCAGUGGCCAUUGUCUGAUGACAAGUGAAUUUUAUUCAGGGCAACUAAUUUUCAUGUACAACUUGCCCUGAGGGCAAGUGGUCAAAAAAGUAAAGUUACACCACUGAUAUGUAUAGACACUAUUCAAUUAAUUAUGACCUAGGACCAGGAAUCGCAGGGCCAUAGGUUUGAUUACUGCCAGAGGACUUUGUAGUUUUGGAUUAAUCACCAAACCCAGUAUACAUAUUACACCCUGCAUUACCUUGUACCAACAUAGGUAGCCCAACAAUCCGCACGCCGUGACGUAUGAUGCAGUAGUAUAAUAUCCUAAGGUUGGCAAGUAAAUAAUAUCAUGACUCGCCACAGCUUAAACAAGUCGAAAAAAACAACGUCUCGUGAACAAAGUACGCUAAAAAAUAGCAGCCUCUACUUGUAGGAUAGUUUUACUAAAUAUGUACAACGUUUUUUUGCAACAACACGAGUUUAUAAGACGAAAAAAUACGAAAGUUUUCUUUGAAUUUGCCGUGUCUCGAUGCGGGAUGCCUGUUGCCAUGCGAAAAUCGCCGUUUCAAAACACGUAUACGCGAUCCUAUUGGCUAUCAAAAAACGGACAAAACAGCUUCCAGGGGGGGGGGGGUUUACCAUUUAUCUGCUAGCAAAAAUGCUUUCGAGUUGGUUCGAAUGAAAAAGAUUACGGCAGUAGUGCACGCAACUGCUAUGUUUAUAGCCGAUCAUGUCGUCCGGUGAUCUGUGGAUUAUUUGUCAAAAUUUGUCGGUUUUAAAGUAUUAAGCGGCGGCAAGGUUCGGUUGGCAGUUUAACUGCACAGGCGACUUUUCAAAACAUUAUAAAUCGACUUGCAAAAACUGAAGCUGAUCAUCGAACAGAUACUGCACGGUGAGUUUUGUGCAUGUAGAUUGUAGUUUAGCAUUGACCCAUUGUCCUUUAAUUAAAAAAUGUGCAGGUAUAAAACCGAAAAGUUGAUUUUUGAACACUGUGUCAGUAUUUGAGUAUCAACUUUAAUUUGCAGAACAGAUUUUUGUGUAUAUAUAAAUUCGGGUAUCAACAUGCAUGUAUAUACUACAGUAUAAACAUCUCAAAAUGUUUUAUUAAAGUGAUGUGCCAUGGGUAGGAUAAAGGCCUAUUUAAAGCCAGACUAUGGAAAAUGAGAAGAUCAAAAUAUUUUCUAUUUUUUAUAUUUGUAGUAUAAGGUUCAAACGUACAGUUUUUAUUUUAAUAUUUUCACGUUUUGUUUUUUUUAAUUAUGACCACUCGGAUAUUGGCCAAGUAUAUAGUCUACAGACUUUAUAGACAGUGCAAGAAAGUUUCAAAAAACACACAUAUUCUCGCCGCAUUUGUGUUAAAACUUAGCAUGCAGCAGCUAUUUUCACGUCUUCGCGUCCGACUUCAAUAAACAAAUUAAUAUAUUGUACAUGAAAGUUUUUUAAAAAACAUUCCCGCUAUAGGCGCUACAUACAAAAUUAAGAAAACUAUUUUUUGGAAAUGAGUUCAAUACUAUAGCUAAACCGGCUACAAUCUACAUGCACAAAACUCACCGUGCAGUAUCUGUUCGAUGAUCAGCUUCAGUUUUUGCAAGUCGAUUUAUAAUGUUUUGAAAAGUCGCCUGUGCAGUUAAACUGCCAACCGAACCUUGCCGCCGCUUAAUACUUUAAAACCGACAAAUUUUGACAAAUAAUCCACAGAUCACCGGACGACAUGAUCGGCUAUAAACAUAGCAGUUGCGUGCACUACUGCCGUAAUCUUUUUCAUUCGAACCAACUCGAAAGCAUUUUUGCUAGCAGACAAAUGGUAAACCCCCCCCUGGAAGCUGUUUUGUCCGUUUUUUGAUAGCCAAUAGGAUCGCGUAUACGUGUUUUGAAACGGCGAUUUUCGCAUGGCAACAGGCAUCCCGCAUCGAGACACGGCAAAUUCAAAGAAAACUUUCGUAUUUUUUCGUCUUAUAAACUCGUGUUGUUGCAAAAAAACGUUGUACAUAUUUAGUAAAACUAUCCUACAAGUAGAGGCUGCUAUUUUUUAGCGUACUUUGUUCACGAGACGUUGUUUUUUUCGACUUGUUUAAGCUGUGGCGAGUCAUGAUAUUAUUUACUUGCCAACCUUAGGAUAUUAUACUACUCCAUCAUACGUCACGGCGUGCGGAUUGUUGGGCUACCUAUGGUACCAAUAUGAAUAGUCAUGUUAUGUAAUUCAUGAUGAUUAUGACAAACUAUGGAGAUUAUCUUAUAUAUAAAGGAUAAAUCUUAUUAUUAUUUAUUUAAAAAAAUUCUGGUUUCUGACUGGCUAACAGCAAACUGUGGAAUUGUAAUAUCAACUCAUACCAAAGGCACAUUUAUUUAAUAAUUGAACACACUAGCACUGCUUAACACUGCCUUGUACUUAAGUAUUUUGAUAUUUAAGUUUGAUGUAUGUCUCACAUGAGACAAUUUUACUUAUUGACUGCUUGCCCAUUCACCUAUUUAUACCUAAGGAGGUAUACAUGCAACCCAACCUUAAGAUGGUAUGGUUUGUCUUAAAUUAAAGAAUGGAGUGACAUUUUUGUUUUGCAAAAAGUAGUUAAAGGGAGCAAAAGAAAGGCAAUUUUCCCUAACACUCCCUACUUUAAGUACUUUGAUAUUUAAUUCUGACAUGUAUAUGUCUCAUGUGAGACAAUUUUACUUAUCGACUCUGGACUGUUUGCCCAAGUAUCACUUAUUAAUACCUUAGGAGUAAUUAUACAAGAAAUGUUGGAUAGUUAUAUCCAAUCAGGUAGGAUAGAUAAAUAUCCAUCAAAUUCAUCUAUGGUAUUCAACUAUAUAAGGUUCAUGCCUCACUUACUUUACACAACGACAACAAGAAUCUAGUUAUAGUUGUGAUCACUAUAACAUGCAUAUAUGGACAACAAUAGUAUAUUCAAUUUGACACCAACCAAUCAAAUGACAGAAAAAAAUCUUCUGUCUCAUAGACAUGGACUUUUGUUAAUUAAGAUUUGUAUCAGGUAUAUUUAUUUAUUUAUAGGCCUGAUCACAGAUUAGAUCUUUGAGUGGCCCCAUGCACCUACUGUAGAUGCACUGUAAUGUGAAACUGUGUUAACUUACAUGAAAAAUUGUCUAUUUUUCUAGAACAUGCAAUGGAUGUUAAAAUACAACAAUAUCAGCUGUCCUGUUGAAAAGAAGACAUUGUAAAAGCAAUAAAAUUCAAACUGGACAACAAAGAGCAGGGAAGGAAGAGCAAUGAAUUGAACAAGAAACUGAGAUUAGUUGACAAUUAUACAUUAUAAUUUUAUAAUUUAUAUGGUUACUAAUUCAAACAGCCGAUUAUAUUUAGUAAUUAUUUGUUCAUUUACUUAAUAUACAGCUAAUUCAAUGGACCUAUGACAAAAAUUUCAUCACAGCUUGAAAGAGCAUCACGCACACGCUUUCUGAAAAAAGGUAUCAAUUUCUCUUGCGUAAUACAAAAUAACUGAAAAACGGGAAACUUUGCAGUGCUAUAUAAUAUAUAGUAGCCGCAUUUUACAACAUUUUGCAACGAAACGUCGGAAUAUUACUAAUUUUGUGAUGCUUUGUCUAGACUUGUCUGGAUCAAGUUUUGUUCAUCAGGGAAUAGGUCCACUAAGGUUGUCCUUCCAAAAACGUAAACCUUAAACUCUGAGCAAGUAAAGUAUGUUGGGUUAUUGCUUAUUUAGACUCAUAAACUCUUAAAUUUAACCCAUUAAGCUCCAGUGCUCUCCCCUUGAUGAGUAAAAUUGUCUGGUGUCAGACAGAGUAAAAUACUCUGGUGUUAGACAGAGUAAUUAAAAUACUAAAGUAGGGUGCAUCAGGGUGUAUCGCCACUCAUUGGGUUAACUAGACACAUGGGCAGAUAGGCCAGUUAUCCCAUUAAGCGCUAGUGCUCUCCCCUUGACAAGUAAAAUUGUCUGGCGUUAGACAGAGUAAAAGUAGAGUGCAUCGCCACUCAAUGGGUUAAUUGGCUUUGCAAGAAUGCCUAAGAGACAUAGAAGAUGCACAGUAGAAAACACAAUUCCUACAAAGGCAAUUCUCUAAGUUUAAUUACAGGCCAAAUAUUUGAAAACCAACCCAUCAUCCCUUGCAUGCUCAGAGUUUAAGGCUUAAAGGCCCGUUUACACGGGUGAUUUUUGCUGCAAUUUUCUCCUUUUGGAGGAUGUGAAGGAGUAGAUUACUUAAUGACCUUGUUAUGAAAUUUCAUAACCUGGUACAUUUGUAACUCAUCCACUUCUUCACAUCCAUCAGAAGAAUAUCGCAGCAAAAAUCCCCAUGUAAACGGGCCUUAAGGUUUUGGAAAGACAACCUUAAUUGAAUUAGCUGUAUAGUUUAUUAUUAUGUAAACAGCUUGUUAUAUUUAUUAUGCAUGAGUCAAUUCCAACUGCGAUCAUCCCCCCCCCCCCCGGGUGAACCCCCGGGACUUGACCAGAGGUUAAACCUGCAUAGGCGGGAAUUUGACGCGAAAACAUUCCCGCACUGUCGGGCAUUUGACCCCUUUUAUUUGACUCAUCACUGGCGCAAAAUUGGCCAGCGGUCGCGCUAGCUAAGUACUUGGUGUAGAUGAACCUUGACAAACGUGAUUUGUUUUCACGUGUAUAAAAAACACACUACACGGGAUAAAUAGUUUUAAAGUUUUAUGUAUAAAAAUGCCGCUGUAUAAAGUUUGGAGCUCCACCAGGGAAGUUAAAAAGGCUGUAAUUGCUUGUUCUUUUACAGAAUUUGUUUUAAAAAGUAUGUGUCUUUAUGAUAUUUUAUAGAUAAAAACUAGUUGAACUUGCAAUGGCGAGCAUUUAAAAAAGAAACGGCAUUGCUGUUUUGAGCCGAUCAUUUGAAAUUUUAAUAUAUAAAAUAGCUUGUUAAAUUAUUGUUUUUGUAUGGUAUAUUUGUACAAGUGUAGAAUUUAAUAUUGUUUAUUGUCUUUAUUAUUUCCUCAUUUACAACAAUUACAAAAAACAAGCGAGUUUUUCAUGAGCUAUUUCAAAUUGUCAAGUCUUUGCCACUGACCUGAAUGCUAGAACUGGAUGGAGUAUUCUUUUAAAUUCAAUAUUAGAGUGUAGCCAUUUCGAAACGAGAGUAUUUUGAAAAGAAGAGGAUAUAAAUUAUAACAUAUAUCUAUUUAAUAAUACUAUUAUACUUUAAUGUUUUAAUAUUUUGAAAUAAUAGGGAUAUGCAUUUUAAUCACAUUUUUCAAUAUGCUAUGAUAUUUUUUUGUAUUUUCUAUAUUACUAUAUGUUUUCAAUAUGUUUUCAUAUAUUUGGAAAAAAUUAAAGCCUGCCAUUUGAAUAUACAAUAAAAUAGGCAAAGAAAAGCUUGGUUUUUCAAAAGAAGAGGAAGUGAACAUCUAUACAAACGAUGAUGGAACUGAAGUAGAAGAAGAUACGUUCUUAGAGUUUGGAUCGGCGACUAUAUUUAUUAUGACACGCAAAGAAGACCCUGCUGGUGACAAGGACAUUGAAUCUGCUAUCAUAAUGGAUGGUAUGUUAUUGUAUUGAUUAAAUAUUAUAUAUCAAAACAACUGGCGAUUUUCAUUAUGAAUGGUCAUACAACUUUAAAGCAACACAAAAAUAAUCCUACACUAGAAGACUGUUAUUACAAAAGUAUGUUAGUACUAGCGUACGUACAGUUAAUAUUUUGCGGAAAAAGUGGUACAAAAUAAUGUUUUACUAUUCUAUAGAUCAAUCCGGUCAAAAGGUCCUCAAAGCACCCAAACACCUAAGCGAAGAUAUUGUCAAAAAAAACUCCAUGAUUUUUGGAUUUAACAAAAAAAGUGCUAAACUGACUGCUUGGCAAGAAGCUGUCAAUAAUGCUGCAUUUCAGUUUGCCAAACACGAUCCAGACCUGCUAUAUAACAGGGCAGAGCUAAAAAUAAAAGCAGAAGCAGAGGCUCGUAAAACAUAUGUUUUCAAGAAACCAUCUGGAUCUCGUAGCAUUCACGUUCAACAAGAAAGCGGACCAAAGCCGAAAAGAUCAAAAACCUCUUCAGACGAGCGAAAAGAACAAGUUUCGUCCGUCUCUAUUCAGCUAGAACUAAUCAAAAAUCAAAUAUCCUCAAAGCAACAGUUGUGUAGCAAAGCCAGCGCAGUAAAGGACUUUGCUUUGUGCUCAAAAGUCCAAGGAGAAAUGAGAAAACUGUUCCAAGAAAAAGCUAAUCAUGAAAAGAUGCUUAAAAUGCUGCAGACCAAGGAAAGGAAGAGCACUUGGUAUCAAAAAAAGAAAAAAAGUAAUACACUACCACCUGCCGAAAGUAGUUCCAGUUCGACAGUGGAUAUAAGAAGCCUGUUCACUAGUGUGGAAGAAGCUGUCUUGCCUAUAUCCCCAAGUACGGCUGAAGACGAAGUAAUGAUUUCACCGCCCGCUGAUACAUCCGACAAAUAUCCAUCAAUUAUAGUUCAACUGAAUGACAAGUCUGGUGAUAAAGUGUCAUUUCCAAUUGUCACAGAUACCCACGAUUGGAGUACUGUUUCAGUGUUAUCAACCGAGCAAUUGAUAUCCACUUCGACUGGUGUGGAGGAAGCUGUCGUGUCUAUAUCCCCAAGUACCAUUGAAGACGAAGUAAUGAUUUCACCGCCCACUGACACAUCCGACAAAUAUCCAUCAACUAUAGUUCAACUGAAUGACAAGCCUCAUGGUAAUAAAGUGUUAUCUCCAAUUGUUAAAGAUACCCACGAUCAAGUAGCUGUUUCAGUGUUAUCAACUGAGCAAUCAGUAUCCAACAAUACAAGUUCUCGAAAUGACGGAUCUAACAAUUUUUUGUUAUAGAAGGUCCUCCAACUCAAAAUAUUAGUCGGGGGACCGAAUGUGAUAAUAUUAAAACAAUUGAACAGCUUGUAUCAAUUUUAAGACGUGAAGAGAAAAAGAGUCUUGUAAAUUGUACCGCACAAAAAGUGUCAGGGAAUACAAUAACUGUUAGUAAAUUUGAAGGACUAAACUUAAAUCAAUAUUCACUAGCUAAAGCAGAGAACUGUCGUCAGUACCAUGCUGUCUGCAAAAGUGGUUGCAAGAAAAUGGUAGAUGCUGCAAACUAUUUACUUCAAAAGAAGUGGAUACCUUUGCCUAAGCUAUGGAGAACAUGUUUCUCAUUAAAACGAUAUGAUUGUGAUAAGGCUCAAAGAAGGCUGCUUCAAAUGCCAGUGGCAUGUAUUCGAUUAAAAAAUGGCGUAGUUGUGAUCGAGAAGAACAGUGAUAACUGCUAUCACGGUGUAAUUUCUGAAAUAAAUCAAAUCUACGAUAUGUUACCUCUGACUGACAAUGUUAAAAAGGAAGAUCCUAUAAGGAAAGAUGAGUGCCAGGACUUGCUUAAAUCAGCAACAUCAACAUCUGAAGUUCAAAAAAUAAAGCAUGUCAUUGCAAGUACGCACAACAUGUCUCAACACGAAGCACAGCGCCUAGGAAUACGACGUCUAAAGCAAAGAGCAGCCCAAGUCGAAGAUGCUACAGAGACAGUCAAAAAUAUUAAAAGUAAGCACAGCUACUUCGCAAAACUUGAGCAAAAAGCGUUCCUGCAUACACAUGGUCUUGAUUUCGAGCUCUACUUGUCAAGCGAUUCAUCAGACAGUUCAGAAUGGGAAUCUGAAGACGAAGAGGUUGUUGAAAUUAAAGAAAAACCUUCGUCGCAUACUCUCUCAGCAUCACUGGACAUUGAAGAAAGAUUGGAAAAGUCAGAUACGGAAAAAGGCGCAGCAAACAACGAAAUCCAUGUAGAGUUAAAUGAGACUCAGUCAAUAUCUUGUUCAACUACCGAAUAUACUUCACAAGAACAACAAGGAAAUUCUCUUCAACAGAACAUAUCUGAUCUUUAUGGAAACACUAUGCUUGCUCUCAACAUUCUGAAAGAUACAGGGUACAAUUGGUUUGCUUUGGUCGCCUCCUUGGACCUCAUACUUCGUUACCAGGGUUACACCACAGAAGAUUUCGAUCAAUUUUUGGUUAAUUUCGCAAACCAAUUACACAACCUCGGGUUGAAUGACGAGGAGUUUAGGCUAACAGAACAAUCUAGAGCAGUUUACCUUACAGAAAUGUUAGAAAAGGAAACACAAGCAGUGACAAUCGAUGAAGACGACGAUGAAAAUGACCUUACAGCGAAUGAAACAAGUACUUUCCAUAUCAAUGAAGAGGCAGUGCAUCAAAAGUUGAAACAGAUAAAGGAUCGAGCAAGAAAAAGGGCAUGUGCUGAAGUAGAAGCAACUGGAUUAUUCCGUAAGAAAUGUGUGAACCGAAUGGACGCCAUUCACAAACGUCACCCGGAUAUUGGAAAGGUAAUUGAGAAAAUUGUCUCUGAAGCAGAUGUUGGCGCUGACAAGUGGAGGAGAACGGGUGUUUAUACGUUUUCUGGCGAUACCAAAAAGGAAAAAAGAAUCACCUUUAAAGGUCUCGCAGCGAAACUAAGUGAACACUAUGGAGAAAAUAUAAGUUAUGGAACAGUCGUUCAGUUGUGUGUCCCAAGAAAUAAACGAAGAAUUUCAGCAAAACGAUACAGGGGUGUCGCAAACGUUCGGUAUCAACGAUCUAGGAAAGGAUUCGACCUGAAGUAUAAUCCCGACGUGAAAUGGAGUCGUUCUUUGUACAAAUGUUUGGACAGACUACAAAAAGAUGGGCAACACAUUUUGCUGCUAAACCGCGAUGACCAGGCAGGGUUUCGUUUGGAUUCCACGUACACACACAAGAGUACCCCAUCGUUAAAUGCUGGCUCUCCAACAUUAACCACCCACACAGACUUUCUUAACAAGCACCAGGCGCAACUUCAGACCACAAGUUACAAUUUUUCCACAACGUCAAAUACAAGUGAAGUUUGCUGUGGCGUAGUCAAAGCAUCUGUGGUGCAUGAAAAGAGCCCAUCUCAACACGCCGCCGACUUAAUGAUGCUCGAACAAAUUCCUCAUCUUUCGCCUGUGUUCCGUAAACCAGACGGAGAAGUCAAAGAAAUAGAAUGCAUUCGCGUAGAUGGGGGAACUGAUGAGGGUCCAUCGCAUGUAGAAGUACAGUUUCUCUGGACUGAGUGCCAUUACCGGCAUCCUACUAAAGUCACACUCGUAACAACACGUUCAAGCGGUGACAGUUUUUUAAAUAGGGUAGAGCUGCAAAAUGGCUGUUUGGCAAGGGGACAUAGUAAUUUAUUCAUUCCAUCAACGCUUCAUGGUGCACCUUACAAUGAAACUGGAGACUAUGAUGAAUCAAAGCAUUGCGAAAACAUGGAAGAAGCCUUAUCACAGUACAUACAAAGAGUAGAUCAAACGCCGUGUAUGCGGACUACUAUUUCUCUGUAUAGAGGUGCUACAGACCACAAUAUCUUGAAACGCAGACAGAAACUGCUUGUGUUUUUAAAAGGAAGUGCCAAGAGUAAGGAAGAGUUAAAGAAAGAAGAUCCAGAAAUGUAUCACCACUUUGACAUUGUGUGGAGAAUUCGUCACUAUCAUAUGGAUCAUUCUUUACCUGCAAAAUAUGUGUUCCUCCUUAGAUGUUGUGGAAAAUCUAACUGCCCACAUCCUCUUUGUUCUGGUAAAUAACGUAUUAUAUCAGUAUGAUUGACAUAAAUUUAAAAACUUUAGCAAAAUGUAUUAUUUUAAUAUGCAACCCAAUACAUGUCUACAUGAAAUAAAUUCUUUUGUUUUUCCAGGAAAUGGAAAGAAAGACUUCCCUGAUUACUCUAAUCCACCAAAAAUGCUGUACUGCAUCUGUAGACAACCUGAAGGAAAUCGGUAAGUACUAUGGCACAUAUAUAUUUGUUACGAGGUCUAUCAUUAUACUAUAGGCAAAGGAAACUUAUUAUAAUUUCAACCCUUACCCGGUCGACAUGAAAAAGCUCAUUUGUGCCAUUACAAUACGAAUUUUAUUUUACAACAGAAUGAUGAUUUGUUGCGACCAAUGUGGAGAAUGGUUCCACAUAAACUGUAUUGGAAUAACAGAAGCUGAUGUAUCUACGAUGGAAAAGAAUGAUACCCCUUACCACUGCACGAAAUGCAACCAAAUAGGUACGAUCAAAACAUAACAUGCAACAAACAAUUGUUCUUCAUUUCUUUUGUUGUGUUAACUAUUUAAAUUACUACUUUGUUAAGAUGACAGCGAAGAGUCUCUGAUUCCCCGGUGGUUUCCUGAUGGUCCAUCGUUCAAGAGAUUUCCAUUUCCUGUCAUUGACAAGACAAGGCCCUGGGGUAGCGGAUGCAAGGAUUGUGGAGGAAAGUGUUUGGGUCACUAUGUCACUGAUACUGCUGCGUGGUUACAAUUGCACAAGAAUGGUACUGCAAUAAGAGCGUUACCGCCAUCUGUGAUAAUUGAAACCGCUUACAACAACGCGAAUGGCAGUCCACCAAACCUGCAGUAUCUUGCCAGAAAAUGCUGUUUAACUGAACAGCAGAUCCAGAUGUGGUGGGACCACCUACACCAGAAAGCCGUGAACCGGGCAAAAGGCGUGGAAAAAGCGAAAGCUACGAGGCAGCGAAAAAAGCAACUAAAACAGUGACAAGCUUUCCAUACAGGUGUCUUGGCUAAAUAUUUUUAAUCAGACUAAACAAGCGACGUAUUUUGGCCACACGAACACAAUUUAUAAUUAUGAGCAAAACGCGAUUUAUAAUUAUACAUGAUGAAUCAUUGACAUUGCGCAUAAUUAUCAAAUAUCCCAUUUAGCGGACUUUGUGCAGUUGCGGUCGUUCCUAAUAUUGAAUUAUUGUACACCACGCCUAAAUGUCAAAAACAACUACUGUCAAUUCCCCGCCUAUAUGCUUUAAGUUAGGUCAGUGCACUUAAUAUAAAUAUAUUCGGUUCUCGUGAUUUCGGCCAUCACAAGACAGCUAUUGCCAUCUAUGACGUCUCGAGUUUAUACCCCGAUGGUCAUUGGCGAUUUAAAAAACGUCACUUGCUUUACUGACAUUUACUGUAUGAAACAAGAACCUGAGUUGUUGCAGCUUGAAACAGCAGUUAACUCAUUCUCAUCCGGUGGAAAAGUAGCAAUUUCGAGUGCUGUUGUUUCAAACGCUUAUAUCUCUCAACCUAUACAUCGCACGGAAACAGAAAUUGCAUCUUUCGAAAGAGGAGGACUUCUGCUUUCCAACGAUACCAAUUUCAAUUUCAUCCGGAGCUUGGUUAACGAUUUACUCGCAUAAAUUUGCAUAAAUGAUAUAAAAAAAUGUUGCAAUUAUGCAUAAAUGUAUUUAGCGGUUCAAAUUUCAAAUAUGUCAAAAAAUUUUAUGAAUAUGACUGAAAGACACGGUUAUGAUCUACAAGUACCCGAAGUUUCAUGCAUGUAGCAUAAAUAGAAAUAUUUUUAUUGAAUUUUUAUAUAAACUAGGUAGUGGAGUAAAAUUUACAUUUUGUGCUCACAUGAAACAAAUACCUUUAUCAAAGGUCCUUUUUUAUUGCUGCAACAUGUUAUCAAUGCACAUUUCCAAUAUUUCUUACUGUCCAAAGAUAGUAUGGCACCAAAAUAAGUCUGUGAUACCCACAAAAGAACACUCAAAUCAUGAUUAGCAAAAUGUCUUUAUUUCUACAAUUACUACAUACAUUCUUAGAUAAUCAUUACACCAUUGACUUUAGUUAUUAGUGUCAUAACCAGCCUCAAAAUUUGGUCAUGCUAUUCAAAUUUGAAAUAAUCACUACUCAUUUGUUUAGAAAUUGAUUGUUUUCACAAACUAGAACAUAAAAAUAUUUGCAAAUAGCAUGACCAUGCAAGUGUUGUUGGACUGGCAUCAUCAUAAUUAGUAGUUAUAAAAAAGUAAUGUUUUCCAAGGCAGUAAUGUUUGCUAAAGCAGCAAUGUUUGCCAAAGCACAUAAUUUGAUUAUGUGAUGAAAAUAUUUCCUUUAUAUUGUACUACAAAAGACCUAAGGCUGUAACCAAACUGAUAUCAGAUCACCACGUCAUACCCAAAUCUGUUGCGAUGAAUAUCUGGACUUCUUCCUGUAUAAAUUUCAAAGUCGCAAUAUAACCAUUAGGAUUGUCUGCAGCAACCCACAGAUUUAUUCCCCUCAUAGUAAGUCAUCUAGCUUUCAUGAACUGCCUAACCCCCAACCUAUUUCUUGAUUUGACAGUGUGUUUGUCUGCAACAACAAUAUUCUGUGACGGCUGGUACAGUUGUUGAUGCAGUUUAUUGCUACAGUCUUUAGUACAGGAUCUACCAUAUUCACAAACGCCAUAAGCGCUUUGUACCUAACCCGAGAAACUAUGUCUAUUGCCCACAGACCAUGAUAUAAGGUUUUUACACUCCAAUAAUUUUCAAUCUCACUGUCGACCUUUAGCAAACCUGCAUAUUAUACCAAAAGGCAAUCAACCUCUCAAGGUUGGUGGACUGCAAGACCCUUCUUUAUUAGUAUAUGGGGAUAACUUUUGAGUUAUUUGUAUGUGGGCAUUAUGUAUUAGUAUGGCCAGGAAACUACCUCCUGAAGCAUUCCCUUAGUAAAAAAGAGCCGAAUGAACUCAAGCUCACAGUUCAUUGAGCCGAAUGAACUCAAGCUCACAGUUGAUCGAAAUGGAUCCCGGACAUGUCAGUGAGGAGCAAAAUCUGGGAGAACAUUCCUAGCGUCAGGAUCAUCAUAUCCGUCAUGUACUAUGGGGCCUAGUGGGGAUGCUAGACAGGGAGCUUUCGAAACCUUAGGUCAUAAUGGCUGGGCUUCCCUCUACCUCUACUCAUCCCCCUACCUUCCUUCUGGGUUGGUGAGUGGGGUUCUCGUGACUCAUCACAACUCUACUUCCCUGAGGUUAUGAAACAGGAACAGCAGAUAGGAACAGGAUCAAUAUAUUCAUCAGUGCAAAUAAAAACUUUUAUAGACAUGGUGCCACUUAAAAUUAUAAUAAGAGCCAACUAGUAAGAUAUAAGUAUGAAUACUUGGCUAUUAUGUUUGUAACAAACAACCAAACAUGUGCUCAAGGCUCAUUUUUAAUACUUCGCCUAGGAAUCAGAGAUUUUUAUGCCUAAAACACCAUAAAUUUUGGUCAACAAUAUAAAUAAAUACAAUUUAUAUUUGUCAAUUUCAGUAUGAAACGAUUAUUUGAACACAAAAAAAGCGAUAUGAGGACAUACUUGGUCGUACUAGUGAAGCUAUGCUAAAUACAAAUAAAUUUACAACGCCAUGGCAACGGCAAAACAUUGAAAUAGAAAUUGUCUAGAAAUGAUACAAAUACUUGCCUUGAAACUCCAGACACGACUCCCAAUGCCAAGUUGAGAUACUUGUCUUCAUACAAAGACAUUCCAUCAUUACUAGCACUAUCAGUUUGCAAAAUAAAGCCAAAAACGUCUUCAGAAUGCGAUUGAAACAAAACUACAACACAAUACAUUUCAACGCUCGUGCGUUCCCGUGCGCGAUAAUCAGGAAAAUUGCUCUAAAAGAUUUGUUUUUCUGCCUAAGCCAAUCAAAAUCCGUAUCUAGGGUAAACAAACACUGCGGAAGUGAUUCCUGCAGUCUUUUACCAGGAAACUGUAAUGCUUUACCAAGAAUUUGGCGUCCGAAGUUGGCCUAACACUUUCCGAUCACGAGAAUUGCCAUAAUAGGCUUAGAUUAUUUCGCAAUUUCCCGAGACUGCUCCGAGCUAUAGAAUGGAAGAUGGCGAUUCUUUUGGUAUAUUUGUUAUCAUUAUACGUCGAAAAGAAGCAAAAAGACGAGCAUUUGAAUCAGGCGGAACAUUCAAAAUGCAACAGCAAAAUUGAUAAUGUGUCAUUUUGCAUAAAUUUCACCGCAUUGAUCAUUUCAAGGUAAGAAAUUCGCUUGAAAUUGAGCGAGAAACAAUAAAAUUAUAUGAAUAUUUCUGAAUAUAUAGUAUCGAUCAAGCGGAAUUUUUUGGUGGUAUUUUCGUAUGUCUACUGCAAAUACUCGCAAAGUUAUUUAAUAUUUAAUCUUCCCGUCAUAUACGUCGGAAAUUAAUAUUGGCGGAUCGAAUUGAGUUAAACAAAAAGCAUGUAAAUAGAAAAUGUUUGUUUUUUGUUGGGGCACUUUAUGUUUUAGUUGCGUGUUACAGUCAAUACGGGAUAUCUGCGCACUUCCGUUUCUGUAAUUAUUUUACACCCUGCGAAUAUAUUUACUAAUACAAAUUUAUUAUUACACUGACCUGAAAGGUCAAGUGUCUUAAAUCCCUAGUUUUCUGUUUUCUGUUUUCGUCGAGAAAUGGAGUUUGCGUUAGCCCAUCGCAGGCUCAGUGUGCAACGAUUAACCCAAAAUGCCAUCGAUUCAAAUGCCAUUCGAUUCCUCGACUGCUUUAGUUUUCAUAGUAACAAGGUCCGUAUUUAUAUACGUAGUAGCAGUCUCAUGCUAUGCUUGUGGUACAUCUUUAAUUUCUUUAUUAGCCCAUACACUUGUACGCACGCGCACAAGUCAAUUACCAGUUCUAAACCUCCUGAGUCCCUAUAUGCCUCAGAGACCAUGUGUAUUUACGGAUAACAUUUGUAUUUGUGAGUAAUACUUGUGUUUCAUUGGGCAUUACGAAAACAUCUUCUGAGGAUCACGCCACGCUUUUAGCAUUUCACCGUUUCUCUGUACUAUAUUGUAUGGGAUUUGUACCAAGCGAAUUUAUACAAUAGAAUAGAAUAUAAACAAGGACAAGUUUGACUACAAAAUAUUGUAUGCGCAGAGUAGAAUUGUAUACUCAAUGUGUUUGUAUCAUAUGCAAUACACAUAUAGUCAUUCGCGCAUCCGUAAUGUACAGUCAAUUGCGCGACAUCCGUGAUGGGUUCAAAGCUUACGUUUCGUCUUUAACUUAAGACAUCUUCAGAGCAAUGACAUACAAAGCUAAUAAACCUGCUAAUUCAAAGCUAAUAAACCUGCUACUGAUCGACUUAAGACGUUUUACCCUCAGACGAUACAUCUGUACAAAACGCGGAAACAUUUACUUGCUACUGAUAACUACAAGAAACAUACAUUUUAUUGUGUUACUGGAGAUUUGUUGCGUCAAACAAUAACAUUACUUUUAACUUCGAUGCGAAUUUUAAUACAAGUGAAGUAUGGUAUCAUAUUUCAUAAUAUAGUGAAAAAUGUAAACUAGCCCUACAUUUCGCCGAACAUAACUUCGGCCCCUUUGGACAUACCUUUUUCGUAAUAGUAUUAAUGGAAUCAGAAUCCAAAACACUAUUUAUAGUGUUAUUUUCAAGCUUGUGUCUUAAUUCAGAUUUUCAUCUUUCAUUUCGGUAUUUACAGAAUAUUUAUAUUUUUAGCGCGGCCCAUAGAACGUAAGUCAAAACAACGCGCUGUUUAAAUCGUAGGGGUCUAAAAUUCAACUUAAGACGUUUUACCUUCAGACUGCGCUUCCUUGGAAGUUGACUGCAUGGUUGGGGUUUUUUCGUGCAACGUCUCUGGAAAUGCAAUAUCUGGAUCGCUGAGUUUUUCAAGUUUUAUACGUUUAAUAUACGGACUCACAGAAUGUAAACAAUGUUGUCUGCGUUAGCGCAUCGCAUGCUCAGAGCUAAACCAUGUGCAUUCGUGGAUAACGUUUGUAUUUGUGAGUAAUACUUGUGUGUUUAUUGGGCAUUACGAAAACAUCUCCUGAGGAUCACGGCACGCUUUUAGCCUUUCACGCUUUGCGUCUGCGGUUCACAAUUUGUAUUCUAAUCUUGUCUAUUGCACCGUAGCUCGUAUGUCGUCAUUUUCAGGUCAGUGUGAACGCCUGAGCAGGCGUCUUGUUAUUUAUGUUUUUACGUGAGCUAUGCUUGAUAUUUUUAUUGUAGUUCUGUAUCUGCUACAGAAAUUUUGAAACCUUUUCUGAAAUAGCCAACCAAUCAAAUGAUAAUACUGGAAUACACAAGCAAUUUCAAGAACGGAAGUGUGAUGGUAUUUCCGUUUUGAGUAUUUUGACUGUAAAAAUAAAAUGAAAUGAACAUUUAAUUAAAACUCUAGCUGGUUCUCUUCACGUAAAAUUAUAUGGGAAACGUACAAGGCAGAUAUGGGCAUUUGACUAGUAUGCUUUUGCCCGCACCGUUGGGAAUUUGACAAUGGGUUUCGCCCGCACCGUCGGAAAUUUGACCGUAUUUUUUUUGAAAAGUCAAAUUCCUGGGGGUUCGCCCGGGAGGGGGGGGAUGAUCGCAGUUGGAAUUGACUCAUGCAUAAGUGUAUAAUAUAGUAAAUCAUCCUGUAAUACUCUUAGUGUAGUGAGGUUUUUAUAGCUAUCAAGUUUUUAUAGCCAUCAAGUUUGUAACAUAGUAUAAGUAUAUUGUAUAAUAUAAUUUGCAUUUUCCUGUAAUUAGUAUAGUGAGGGCCACAAGUUUUUCAGCCUUCGGCUGUAAUGUGUUUUACCCUCCUUAAAUAAAGUUGCUACCACUACUACUAAACCAAAAACUGAUUUUAGAAAUAUAAAUCAAAAUUUAAGAUGAUUAAUUUUAAUCUUAUAUUACGGAUUUCGGUCUCGGCUAUUAUGAAAGCUAUAUGAGGUAAAGCAUAAAUGUUUUGCACAUUUCGACUUCAAUGCCCUUUCUAUAUGAAAUAUUAAUAGUAUUCUUUGAUUAUUCUUUGUUUUGUUUUAAUUAUUAAGAUGCUUAAUGUAAACUACUGUCCAUCUCGACUAGCUUUUGCUAUUUAUGGACAGUAAUGAUGUAACAGUUAUAUUCUUCAUUAUUUAUUAAAAAUCUUGUAAUCUUGUAAUCUUGAUUAUUAGAUUACAUGAUUAUUAGAUUAUACUGAUAUCGAAGGAACUAGACUCAGUUCCGAAAUAUUACAUACUCGAACUGACCUGACCUCGUAGCUCAAUUGGCAGAGCAUUGGGCUAGUAUUCCAAAGGUCGUAGGUUCGAUUCCCACCAUGGCCAGGCAUAUUUCUCAAGCCUGCCCGGUGUGGAUAUACACUCAGAGUAACAUCACAAGCAUCCAAAUACCACUUAUUGAUAGAAGAGUUAAAGCUACCAUGAAUAUUUUAUUAAGCAACUUCGUAUGUUGCCAAGCAAAUUCAUUUAAAGAGCUGUUGUAUGUGUACUCUCUAAUUCUUGUAAAUUCUCUCUCAAAUUCUCCAAGAAAGCUCCUAAAUUAUCCUCCAUUUUGUAAAUUUUAUACAGAUAUUUAAUUAUUUUAAUUUAUGCAAGAUAAUACGGCAUUUUUAUCGCCAGGUUUAAUCCACAGACCGGAUCAAUCGGAACCAAAAAUUUCUACUGAUGGCACAUGCGCGAAUUUUGUUUUGUUCCGAUCCACUGCUUAUUUUCCGGAGUGGAAAUUAGCCUUAUCAAAUUACUAAACUCUUCAUGCACUUAUUCUGUACUACCUUUUCCCAGAUUGAUGUUGAGUGUGUAACAUUCUUAAGGGAGCUCUAAAUGUAAUUUCCUUUUACCCCCUUAGACUAACAAAGAUUUGUCAGGUGAACCUAAUGUAAGUAUUUUUUAGAAAAUUUAGCUUUUAUUAUCAGAUAACUCAGUUCAAAAAACACACUUACAGUACAUUACACUUGCUCACUUACAAAGAAUGGAGAAUGUUGCAAUUUCUAAAAUGAAUAAAAUGCUUUGCAAAUUGCCAAUUAUAUUCUCUUGUUCUGUUAAAAGGGUGAAGAGCUGUCAGUGUAUGAGAAAUAUCACAACCAAAAUAUUAAACGAAAUCAAUUACAUAUGAUAAAUUCUGGGCUGGUAAGUCAAAUACUAUACUGAACAAUUAACUGAUAUCUACCAUAGCUGAUAUCACAGUUGAUAUCACAGGCGAUAAAGUCCGGAUAAUGACUGAUAUUAUUUGGCUCAAUUUUGUCACCAAGGUAAGAUGAUGGGAUGCAGCGUAUCAAAUUAUGACACUUGUGAUUUACAACUUUUUCUGUGGAAAGAUAGAUCACAGACAUAAUGACUUAUUGCAAUUUCAUUGUUUGCAGUAGCUGAAAAUGGCAAGAUGGUUUGACACAACAAAUAUGACUUGCGAUUACUGUGUAUGUACUUUCAACAAAUUCUAUAUUGCCAUUAUUUGUAACCAAUGCUAAUUACUCAAAAUUUUGCAAUCACAUUUCUCUUCAUUCUGAUCCAGUCGGAGCUGGGAGAAAGUUCUGCCACUCCAUCUCCGGCUUGCCAAACUCCAGCACAGCACCUGAUACUUGCUUGCAUGUAGUGUAGAUAUUGUAUAUGUGGUAUUCACAUGUGGUUUUCUUUUUUUAGAUUUCUAAGGAUUCUGCAUUAUUGGUAACACCCCUCUAUGCAAUGACGAAAAGGCUGCAAGCUUGAAACCUCAUCAUACAAAAAAAUUGUGUAAAGUUAAAAAAAUUAAAAUUGACAAAGGUGACACAAAAGAAUCCCACUGUGUGGAACUAGGCAAAAAAACUCUUUGAAAGCAAAGAAAAAGAAAGCUCCAUAAAUUGAGUUAUUCACAACUCAAUUUUAUUACUUACAUUGUCCACUGCUCAGCGCUGUUGCCAGGAGACAUGAUACGCUUUUUUCAAUGAGAUCCAAGAAUAAAUUAACUUUACUUUAAAGUUUUGUGUUGUUUAUCAAUAAUAACAUUGCGAGAAAGCUAGCAACUUUUUGAAUUUUGGGAGCAACUUUUUUCAAUUUUGGCAACUUUUGAGCAACUUUUCCCCAUUUUUGUGAGCAACUUUUGCUCAAAUUAAUAGCACAAUCUAUAAAGGCCUACCAUGAAGGAAGCAUUAUAUCGCAAAGGACAUGGUAAUGUCACAAAAUUAGCCCUUUUGGUCAUAGCUCCGCCCCCUUUCAACCGAUUUUCUUCAAACCACUUUCACAUUAAUCCUUGAGUUAUACGCUUGCUUUCGAAUGAGCUGUGUUUCGUCUCAGUCGGAUAAAACCCGGUGGAGCUACGGGCCAGCCCACAUGUACUUUUUUUGAAAAAACUUUUUUGACUUUGUAACGUGACCUAUGACCUAUGGCAAGAGCAGUCCCGCACCAGACUCCAUGUGAACAUCAUGUCGACGUCAAAGGUUCUGUUCAGCUCUGAACUAAAAAUGUUUUUAGCCAACGUUUUAAACAUCGAUAAGCUGGAAAAGUUUCGAAAAAAAAGUCAAAAUAAAAGUCAAAAUCAAAGUAAAAUAUUUAAGCUUUAUUUGACUUGCUCUAUCCAAAAAACAAAUAUGGAAAAAACCCUUUAAAAAAUCAUAAAAAAUAGAAGAAAAAAAAUUUAAUUAAUUCUGUCCAAAUACUUAAGCUUAUCUUAGUCUAUUCUAUCCAAAAAGCAAAAAAAAAUACCAAAUACGAAAUUAAAAAUUACCAAAAUAGGGAAAAGUCCGUUGACAUUGUUUUGUAUUUUUAAAAUUAAUUAGUGGGUUAAUAAAAAAGAAAGAUAAUCAAUAUAUUAUCUAAUUUAAAAUACUUUAACCAUGCAGCUGCUUUAAUUGAAAAUAUGAUAAUAUCGUUGUAGGAUAAGUAUAGAUCUGAAGACACAGAUGCAACUUGUUAUGAUGGAACAUUCAAACACCCACUUACUGGAAAUGCAAGAAGAUAUGUACUCGGCGAUAGAUUUCACAAUGCUGCAAAUCCACAGAAGUCGCCUUUGUGUGACUAUCAUGACAUCAAUCUUCUCCGUCAAUCAAAUAUGAUCAAGACACGUUAUCAGGAAUGCGAAAACAACAGAAAAAACACCCGUAGACCCAGAAGUUCAUGUAUUCAGGAAUUUGGAACUCACUUUUUCUACAAUUAUCUCAUGGACUAUUUCCAAAAUGAAGAUAUUGUGAAAAGACAGAGACAAUUGGUAUCUGCUAAUUUGAAACCGAACCAAGAACUAAAAAGAGACAACGUUUUGUUAUUGUAACUCACGAGUAGUGAAAGCUAUUAAGGUAAAAUCAGUUAAACAUUAAAAUACUCUUCAACUGAUUAAUGAUUGUUUGUGUGCUACCAUGAAGGAAGCAUUAUAUCGCGAAGGACAUGGUAAUGUCACAAAAUUAGCCCUUUUGGUCAUAGCUCCGCCCCCUUUCAACCGAUUUUCUUCAAACCACUUUCACAUUAAUCCUUGAGUUAUAAGCUUGCUUUCGAAUGAGCUGUGUUUCGUCUCAGUCGGAUAAAACCCGGUGGAGCUACGGGCCAGCCCACAUGUACUUUUUUUGAAAAAACUUUUUUGACUUUGUAACGUGACCUAUGACCUAUGGCAAGAGCAGUCCCGCACCAGACUCCAUGUGAACAUCAUGUCGACGUCAAAGGUUCUGUUCAGCUCUGAACUAAAAAUGUUUUUAGCCAACGUUUUAAACAUCGAUAAGCUGGAAAAGUUUCGAAAAAAAAGUCAAAAUAAAAGUCAAAAUCAAAGUAAAAUAUUUAAGCUUUAUUUGACUUGCUCUAUCCAAAAAACAAAAAAAAAUUAAAAAUAUGGAAAAAACCCUUUAAAAAAUCAUAAAAAAUAGAAGAAAAAAAAUUUAAUUAAUUCUGUCCAAAUACUUAAGCUUAUCUUAGUCUAUUCUAUCCAAAAAGCAAAAAAAAAUACCAAAUACGAAAUUAAAAAUUACCAAAAUAGGGAAUAGUCCGUUGACAUUGUUUUGUAUUUUUAAAAUUAAUUAGUGGGUUAAUAAAAAAGAAAGAUAAUCAAUAUAUUAUCUAAUUUAAAAUACUUUAACCAUGCAGCUGCUUUAAUUGAAAAUAUGAUAAUAUCAUUGUAGGAUAAGUAUAGAUCUGAAGACACAGAUGCAACUUGUUAUGAUGGAACAUUCAAACACCCACUUACUGGAAAUGCAAGAAGAUAUGUACUCGGCGAUAGAUUUCACAAUGCUGCAAAUCCACAGAAGUCGCCUUUGUGUGACUAUCAUGACAUCAAUCUUCUCCGUCAAUCAAAUAUGAUCAAGACACGUUAUCAGGAAUGCGAAAACAACAGAAAAAACACCCGUAGACCCAGAAGUUCAUGUAUUCAGGAAUUUGGAACUCACUUUUUCUACAAUUAUCUCAUGGACUAUUUCCAAAAUGAAGAUAUUGUGAAAAGACAGAGACAAUUGGUAUCUGCUAAUUUGAAACCGAACCAAGAACUAAAAAGAGACAACGUUUUGUUAUUGUAA